AUGGCACCAGAAGUUUUACGUGGAUAUCAAUAUACAAAAGCAGCUGAUAUUUAUUCAUUUGGAAUAAUUAUGAAUGAGUACCUUUCUGAAGAAAUUCCUUUUAAUGAUAUUCCUCAUGAUCAUAUUUUAGCCGUUAAAAUAUGUGAAGGACUUAGACCAAAAAUUUUUGAGGAUAUUCCAAAAUUUCUUGUAGAUUUAAUUAUGAAAUGUUGGGAUGCUAAAGCAGAAAAUAGACCAUCUGCUAAAGAAUUGUACCAAAUAUUAAAGAAAUGGAAGGAAACACAUGACUAUUAUUCUCAAAUGUGGGAAUAUGAUAAUAAAAUUGGAGAAAAAAAAUUGAAAAACAAAUUAAAUGAAAAUAAGUCUGAAAGUAUUAAAACUCAUCCUCAAGCAAUCUAUACAAGCAGACUGUUAAAUUUUAAAAAUCUUCCAGAACCAGUAAAUUCAUCAGAUUUAUCAUCAUUUCAAGUUAAUUCGGUAUCAGCAAAUAUAAAUCUCGAUGAGAUUAAUCAAGAAGAAGAAAUUUGA